AUGCCUCAAGAAGACAAAGAAACGAAGCCUCAUCAUCCACUGAGAUCUCUCACAAUCUUUCUCAUCUGGAUAUUCGCUCUCUACGUGGCAGUUAUCAUUAUAAGAGGUUCUGAGCCAACGAAGACCACGCCUUCCAGACCUUCAGAAUUCCAGUCUGUGAAGCAUAACGGUGUCUGUAAAUCACCGGAAUGUAUCCUUCUCGCUCAUCAAUUGCACAAUUGGCGAGAUGUCUCUGUGGAUCCAUGUCAAAACUUUUAUAAAGCUGUAUGCGGAAAGUAUAAUGAAGAUACGCUGGUUGAUGGGCAUAGAAUGAUGAAGAAAACGAAAAUUGUGGAGCAACUUUUGAAAGAAUUCCUCGAACAACCGUCCACUUCCACUUCGAAAUCCGAGAAAGCAAUGAAGACAUUUUACAAGAUAUGUCAACGUGCUAAAACCAUGAAUGAAACUGAAUAUUAUCAACAACGAGAAGUGACUUCAACUGAGAUUUCCAAAAGAAUUGGAUCCAUACCAUUUCUUGACAAAAAUUGGACGGAAUCAAGUUUUGAUUUGAAUGACAUGAUAUCGAACUACUCCUCACUUGGUAGACUAAACCUCGGACUUUUUAUGAUCCCAUCUAAUUAUCGUGAUGUCUUUAUUGGAAGAGAUUUGCUGUUUUCGAAAGAGGAACUCGCGGAAGUGAAACAGAUGUAUCUAAACGACAACAAAACUUUGCUAGAUGUUGCGACGUUUGAAGAAGAUUUCAAGAAUAUGGAAACGUUCAAUGAAGAGUUAGAAAAAUUUGAAGAGCAAUGGGACUUGUCGUCGUUCACUAAACUCUCUGAUCUUCAAGCGCAUUUGCCUAGUUUGGAUUUCGAGAGGAUUCUGAAGAAUCUAUUCAGUUCGAAACAUAAAGAUGAAGUGUGGGAGACUAUAAGGCAGAGGCUACUAGUUCCGAAACUUUCCUUCUUUUUCAAUGAGACUUAUAAUCUCGAAACAAUACUACAAACUACAUCAAAGCGAGUUUUGGCCAAUUAUUUCGGUGCCUACUUCCGUUUUUUGAUGGAGGAAGAUAAUAGGGACAAACCGGAUGGCAACGUGGAUUGUGCCAAGAAAGUUAUUGAAAAACUUCCACUUGCCUCUCUUCGAGUCUUCGCCCGUAACCAUUUCGACAAGGAGAAUCUCCGAUUGGCAUCUGAUAUGGUUGAGGAUAUCCGACAGAGUUUUGUAGAGAUUAUCCAGCAAUCCACGUGGCUUAGUCAGUCAACUAAAAUAGCGGCUAUUCGAAAGAUAGAACAUAUGCAGAAAUUGGUUGGGUAUCCGAAUGAUUUGGAAGUUCCAGGAGCACUUGAUAGCUAUUUUGAUACGCUAAACCUAUCCGAGGGAAUGUCUUAUCUUGCUGCGGAAGUAGAACUCGACCGAUUCCAUACCGAACAAGUUAUGAACUUUCACGCCUCGCUUCUCUCCAUCAAACCUGACGAGAUGUACGUCGAAACGAAUGCAUACUACAUGCCGGAGCUCAACAAAUUGACUAUAAAUGUUGCACUUCUGGACGAACCAUUCUUCGAUUCAACCUACCCGAAAUACGCAAAAGUUGCUAGUAUUGGUGAGGUUAUUGGGCAUGAAAUCGGACAUGGUUUCGAUCCAUUCGGAAGAAUGAUGGAUGAGAACGGAGGUUACAAGGAUUGGUGGACACCUGAAGACUCGGCGGAGUACGAUAGAAGAGCACAGUGUCUGAUAGAUCAGUACACUGGGUAUGACGACCCGGAUUUUGGGAGAAAUUUGAAUGGAAGUAUAACUAUUGGGGAGAUGGCAGCUGAUCUUCUUGGGAUUAAUGUUUCGUGGAAGACUUAUAAGAAAGUGGAUUUCUCGAGUGAGCCAAGUAUUUUUGGAUUUGAAGACGAGAAACCGGACAAACUAUUCUUUCAUAUGACAGCACUGACAUGGUGCCGUGCACGAGACUCCACACCACUCGCUACAAAACAGAGAAUGCUACAUCCAACGAGUAGUUUCCGUGUGAAUGGAGUGUUCUCGAAUAUGAAAGAGUUCGCGGAGGCAUUCAAUUGUCCGGUUGGAUCACCGAUGAAUCCCGUGAAGAAGUGUGAACUUUUUUGA